UUCUUCGCGCCACCCCCAAAUCAGAGAAGACUCUGCGCCAUCACCACUCAUUGUAACAUCUCUAAUUUCUAACCCUAAAUUCCAAAAUCCCCAAAUUAACUCAGAAAAUCCUAAUUUCCCCAGUUUCUGACCCUAACAUCUGCAACCUCACCCUCCUUCAACGUACAAACAAAAGCAGCACUGUAGAGAGAAGAGGGAUCGGGAGAAGAAGAGAAGAGAGGAAAGGCCUGCCCAGCCGUCACCACCGCAGUGCCGCUGCAACUAUUGCCACCUUCAGAGCUGCGGAAAGUCGUCCUCCCUGCCGUCGAAUGCCGCCGUCGUGUCGCACAUGAGAGAGAGAGAGAUGAGCUACCCACGAUCGCUGUCGUCGAAGCCAGGCUCGUCGCCGUCACCACCCACGAAGCUGCGAGGAGCCGCUGUCGUGCUCGUGUCGCUGUGCGCCGUCGAGCUGCCCUCACCCUGAGCCGUCGAUCUGUCACCACGGCUACAAGGGCUUGUCGCUGGAGCCACGACUGUCAAUGAGCUUCCGUCGCCACUGCCGUUCAAGCCGCUGCUGCCGUCGAUUUGGAGUUGCUGCGAUUGGAGCCACUAGUGGGGUCUGAUUUAGAGAUAUUUUGGAGCUAACUAAGGCUUUUAACAUGAAAGAGACUGAGGCAAAGGCAUAUAUAUAUUUAAAAUCCAGACUGAGGCAAAGGCAAAGGCUUUAUGAUUUUGCACUUACAGACUAUGUUUGUUCAAGCUUAGUAUUAUCUGUUUUGAAGCAUGAAAACGAAGCAUUAUCAAAUGCAGAAAAGCGAGCAUCUGAUGAGGUUCAUAGUUUAUCUGAAAGGGGGCAGCGCCUGCAGGCUAGCCUAGGUACCAUACAGAGUGCUAAGGAAGUUCGAGAGGAUGUACAUAAAGCUUGCUGCAAAAGCUGUAUAUGAAUUUGCUUUUGGCCAUGAAAUCCAAGGGUUGUGUUCGAUUUUUAUCUCACCUCCCCACCACCCGAAAAUUAACUGAGUUCAUUUUCCUUUAAAGAGCCUUCAUGAGAACAGAUUAUUAGAAAAUUAUGCAUUGCUCUUAUGACUCUUAUUUUUCUUUACUCUGAUCUGAUCAUGAUGGCUGCAUGCAUUGUUUUGUUCCUUUUUUAGAACUGCUCAUUUGCAUAGUUAUUAGUUCUUUUUUGCCAUGGCCUUAUGCUUAUACACUCAAUAUUUCAUAACUUAGCUUGUUUAUCUAAUAUCCUUAUACCACAUUUGUGAAUUAGUUGUUUAUGUUGUGUGGAUGCUUAAAUAAGCAAUAGUUUUAAACUUGGACUACUAUUGAGUAAUUCAGAUGCAUCAGCUAUAGUUAAAAGUUUGGUGGAUUAAGUUUAGAAUUUUAAUAUGCUUAAAAUUUUAUGG